AUGCCACCAAGAACCAAGCCAUCCAGUGCUGAGUGGGAGCAUCACAAGAUAACAAUUCGCAAUCUAUACCUCGGCCAGGACCUCAAAUUGAAAGAGGUCCAAGCGCAGUUGGAUGAUUUCGGCUUUGUUGCUAGCAAAUCGCAGUACGAGGCUAAACUCAAAGAGUGGGGAUUCUCCAAGAAUAUACCUGUGAACACAUGGAAACAUGUCGGCCACAAGAUCGAGAAACGAAAGCGAGAAGGCAAAGACAGCGUAAUUUCCAUCAACGGGGUCGAAAUCUCCGCCAAGAGAGUGAAGAAGGAGACAAGCAGGCACUUUUACUCUGUUGCUCAACGUCUCGAAAUCGAGAGAAACAACGCGCCAUCACCACCAGACCUUUCUGUCGCCACCCCGGCUAGUACCCAGGAAGUCUUCUUUAUGGGUGGUUGGCCAAUGAGCCUUCCAUGGUUCACAUUCACCAGGUCGCUGGACGCCCAUCUAUCCCGGAUACAUCGAAACCCACAAACGUUUCAUAGUGAAUUGUCUUGGAUGCGGAAGAAAACUGAGCAGAGCCAUUUACUUUCAGAAUCCCAUCUUGGCGCACCAAACUCAGACGUGUGGCAGAUUGUUGUCGACAAUAUCAAGGAAUACGCACACUUGAGUCUUACCCACACCCUCUUGCCACUCACCUCCGACAUCGAAUGUCCCGCAGAAAUCCAACAAGACAUGUUCCUGCAGUCGACGUCCACGGACCAUUGGGGUUUGAAGGUGCUCAUCUAUUUGACUUCGAACAAACUCUUGAAAACUAGCAGCGUUGAGCAAGUAUGGCAGAUGAUAAACGAAACAGGCAUCAGAGAAUUGGCCAAAUUCUCAGAAUCCUUACAUCUGAAUGAUGUGUCUUUGGCAGCUGCAUUGGAGCAUUUGUUCCAGGUUGGGAUGAAAGCGGAGCACAUGGACCUUGUCUCAUGGUUGCUUGAUACUGGUAUGAACCCAAACAGAAGAAUCAAAGCUGUCAUUGAACGAGCGAUCGACAACAUGCACCUACCACUUAUCGCGGCAAUGGAUUCGACAUGGAGUCCGAAUGUCAAGAUGCUCCGUUUGUUGCUUGAAAACGGGGCGUCCCCUACCUUGAGCUGUUGCGACCAACACAGAUCUCCGAUGCAAUUUGCCCUGGAGAACCAUUCGCAUGACGAGGACUCGGAAGUCUUGGACCUUUUUUUGGAGGUUGCAAAGGCCUUGAACAAUGAUCCGGCAUCACCAUCAACCCUACAUGUCCACCACGGAGACGAAACUGAUGUCAACGCCUCUUUAUCGAAUCCAGAUCGAGACAAUGCAUUUGACAAAAUGGAAUACUUAGUUCAGUUGAUCCAACAUCACGCGGCUAAGACACCACAAACAUCCACGCCGCUGAUCACUCCCGAGGGUCUCAUUCGCGCAGUAGAGAGUAAAAAUCAGAGACUCAUUCGAAUCAUGCACAAACAUGGACUUUCAAUGAACUGUUGCGACGGCAAUGGUCGAUUCCCUCUUCAGGCGGCGGUGGAAAUGUCAGAAUUCGAUGACUAUAACGAUGAAAUAGAUCCAAGUGGGGUCGAUCUUCUUUUGGACCUUGGCGCAUCACCAAAUUACGAUCCGAAGUACCACGUCAACAGUCACUGUUCACCUGCCCUGCAGGCUGCGGUAAACGAUCCGUAUUUUCAGUGCGGGAAAAUAGAAGCAAUCGAAAUUCUAUGCCAGCGCGGUGCUCUCGUUAAAGGUCGUCCCACUUGUGGCAAGUAUGACCACCAUACCCUCAUGGAUUGUGCCUUCAAUCAGAAGAAUUGGGAUUUAUGGCAACGGACAGAAGUCAUGCUCGUCCUGCAUAAUGCUGGAUUAUCGUUACCUGGGUCAUUUCUGCUUGAUGCCCUUGAGCUUGCUUACGUGGAACGUGAAGACGAUUGGCAAUACGUUUUCAAGGAUAUGAUCAAACAGUUACUUGGGGAUUCUUUGGACCUAUCCCUUCGAUCCGAACGCGGCUGGACAGCGCUGGACUACGCCGUGUUCAUGAAUUACCGAUUGCUAAGAGAGUUCCUAGUCGAGAAGAGCGUCCAACAUACGCGAAAAUUUGCGUUCAAAUACUGUCUGUCCCCGAAAGAAUUCUCAAUGGAAGAACUUGAAAAAGUGCUGGCGAGAGUUCGGGCCUCUCAAAAUACCAAACAAUCGCGCGCCUGGCUGAUUCACCAUUUGAUCGGCACCCUUCGUGCUACCGAUUGCAGCGAUCGAGGCUCAGAACGUGUCUUUGAAUUACUUCAUGAUUACAGUCUGAUAGCCCGAAUUCCGGACCAUGACGCGUAUGUUCUGUACAAUGUGUGUCGUACAGGGGACACCAAAUUCAUCCGGAGAACCUUGGAACUGCUUCCCAACACUCACAAUUCCGCGGCUCUUUGGUUUCUCAUAAGCGACAGCAACCUGUGGGAAUCGUUCAGUAAAAGGCGCCAGAAAACGGACAGAUUUGCGGACUUCUUAGCAGGGACUUGGAUAUUUACUUGGGCUGUGCGAAGAGCCCUCGACGCCGAAGGGGAUACAAAGGCCCUAGAGUGGUUCAAUCAACAUGACCGAAAGCCUGUGGAGCACGCCAAUCUUCAUGCAUCCGCCUUUUCUAUCAAGGUCCUCAGGACCAACAGCCGUAAAAAUCUAUGCAAAGACGCUGAUGUCACUCAAUGGUUCACCCGUGGACUCAAGGCAAGUUGCUACCUUGGUCUUCUUGUUAUAGAAACUGGCGACGUCGAAAAGUUGAGUGCACUCUUGGACCAAGGAUUUCGGCCCAACCGAAGGAUUGCUUGGUCCCUCACAGCUCUUCAGUUCGCCGUGCUACGAGCUGACAGGCCGAUGACUCUUCGGCUCCUCCAGGAAGGAUGUGAUGUCAAUGCGAGAUCUCCAUGGAGGGACAUUCCGGGUAAUAUCUUACGAAAGAUUCCGUACGGUGUCCUGAGCGCAUUCAUAUCUCAAUAUACUAGCACAUCCCGAAGGAAUGCAAUUCAAUUGGCCGUUGAAUCAGGGGACAUUUCAAUGAUCAAGUUGCUGCUGGACUUCGGGGCCGACGUGAAUGGACCGCCUUCGCGAGUUGCGGGCGCGACUGCUCUACAAAUCGCAUGCAUAAAAGGAUACAUAGAUAUUGUCAGACUUUUGGUGUCCAGAGGAGCCGAUAUCAAUCAAUCGGGAGCUGAAUAUCACGGAAGAACAGCACUGGAAGGGGCAGCGGAACAUGGGCGCCUGGACAUAGCUUGUCUCUUGCUUGAACACGACUGUCAGGUGAAUGGCUCUUUUAGACGACAGUACAUUCGGGCGGUUGGAUUCGCAAGAGCGCAAGGACAUUAUGUUCUUUCAAAGACGCUCGAAGAUUUCGGCGAAUGGAAGACGGCAGACGAGGAUGUGUUGAAGAAGACCGACUUGCGUGACAAGGAACCAAAUUCACGCGAUUUGGAUGAAGAUUUGGACGAGGAAAUUAGUGAGGUUGAUCCAGACGAGUUCAAGUCCGAUUCUGACAGCGCGUAUCCGUUUGGAACAGACCACGAGAGCGACUCAGAAGACUAUGAGAGCGACUCGGGAGAGUACGACAUGACCAGUGGAAAUGAAGUUGUAGCACAACCUCUCAAUUACGCUUGUCAAGAGGUCAUGGGCGGACCUAAUCGGCUCGAACAACCGGUCGAACAAACAUCACCGCAGCCGACAAAUUGGGAAGAUUUGCUUGAUUACUAUGGUGAUGACGAGCGAGAAGUCUUCUGA